UCUAUGAGUCACGAUCUAGGCUUGGAGUCGUGGAGGGAAGCGCCGCCUCUCCUUGGGCCCCUUCUCUCCCCCUUUUCCCCUCGGCGGCUCUGGCUCUUGCCAGAUGCUGCGCUACAGUCACCGGUUCCCCAUCACCAGUUCCGCUGGCGUCUCCGAGGCCGAGGGCUCCCGCAGGCUCCCCUUGGCCGCGGGUGAUUGUCGGUACCCCGCGGCCGCGGGUGAUCGUCGGGUCCCCACGGGCCCGGGUCGCUGGGGCGGAUCAGGCCCUCGCGCCUUCCCGGGGAGCCCCGCAAGGCCGCAGACAAGAUGAACAUUCUGGCGCCCGUGAGGAGGGACCGCGUCCUGGCGGAGCUGCCGCAGUCCCUGAGGAAGGAGGCCGCUUUGCACGUGCGCAAAGACUUCCACCCCCGCGUCACUUGCGCCUGCCAGGAGCACCGGACAGGCACCGUGGGCAGAUUUAAGAUAUCCAAGGUCAUCGUUGUGGGGGACCUGUCUGUGGGGAAGACCUGUCUCAUUAAUAGGUUCUGCAAAGACACCUUCGAUAAAAAUUACAAGGCCACCAUAGGAGUGGAUUUUGAGAUGGAACGAUUUGAAGUGUUGGGUGUCCCCUUCAGUCUCCAACUUUGGGACACUGCUGGGCAGGAGAGGUUCAAAUGUAUCGCUUCCACCUACUACCGAGGAGCUCAAGCCAUCAUCAUUGUCUUCAACCUGAAUGACGUGGCAUCCUUGGAACAUACCAAGCAGUGGCUCGCUGAUGCACUCAAGGAAAAUGACCCAUCCAACGUACUUCUCUUCCUUGUGGGUUCCAAGAAGGACCUGAGUACUCCUGCUCAGUAUUCCCUAAUGGAGAAGGAUGCCCUCAAGGUGGCCCAAGAGAUUAAGGCUGAGUAUUGGGCAGUGUCCUCCCUCACUGGUGAGAAUGUCCGGGAAUUCUUCUUCCGUGUGGCAGCAUUGACCUUUGAGGCCAAUGUCCUGGCUGAGCUUGAGAAGUCGGGGGCUCGGCGCAUUGGAGAUGUUGUUCGCAUCAACAGUGAUGACAAAAACCUCUAUCUAACUGCCAGCAAGAAAAAGACCACAUGUUGUCCCUGAAGAGUGAGGAUUAUCCAGAAACUGCCCAUUCCUGGGGUACUGUGCCACCCCAACUUCAGAAUUCAACCCCUGGACGUUUGCACUGACUUUUCAGACCAAAGAGCUUCCCCUUGAAGGCAGUGCCCCCAGAGUGUAACUGGGACCAUGCUAGUCUCUUCCUGCCCAUGGCACCAUGCCAAAGACUGGAUGAUCCUGUACUCCUCUGGGGCUGGGGCUCUCCAGGGUGCCUGGGGGAGUGUCAGUGUUCGUGCUGCUUUUGCUCAGCCUGCUGGCCCUUUAUUAUGAUGAUGCUUAAUAAUUCCAGCCUUAUACUGUGCCUUAUGCAUUAAAAUUUGUUUAUUAGCA